UUGUGGUACGCGAUGUUGUUAUCAAGGAGCGGGGAGGAUGUUAGGGGCCUAUGUGGUGAUGAAGUUUGCGUUAUGGGCCUUUGAUGCAGUUAUUUAGAAAUGGAACGAACUGUGGAUGUGAUAUGUGAUCCGAAUCUUCGGAUGCGGAUUACUUUGAAUAUGGCGGCGACUCAGGAAGUCAGCCCAGCAGUCCCUAUUAAUCGUUAUUAUCGAAGUCUGAAUGAAAUGUAUCGUGUUGCUGGCUUUUGUAUAGAGGAUAAGGAUUACGAACGAGCAUUUAUUUACUAUAUGCGGUUUGUGAGCUUAGCGGUCGAAGGUUUACCGAAACACAAACAGUACAAUGGCUUUUCGUCGGCUGAAAAAACCAAAGCAGAGGCAGUGCUUCGGGAUGCUUUUGUAAAGGCGGAAUCGUUGAAGGAACGCCUAAAAAAGACGUAUGAGGAAGAAGCAGUUCUAGCAAAACAGAGUGCGGAAAGGACUAUUACCGAUAAUGCAGCUUUGAUUGGGAAAAAAGAUGUAUCUUUGGUUCAUAAAGUUGUAACACGCAGUCGGUUUCUCGAAAUAGCUGAUCACAAGAAGUUAGCUUCUACAGCAGUUGUGUUCGAUAGCAGGGAUCUCGCUCGUAAGGAAGUUGUCGUUGCGGGUGACCUCGUGGAAAAUUUUGUGCGCUUGGCACAAAUUAACACGAACCGUAAUGUGGAAACAUGUGGGAUUUUAUGUGGCUCAUUGAUCAGCGGCGGAGUGUGUCGUAUAACACAUGCCGUGAUACCAAAACAAACUGGCGCUGCUGACAGCUGUGACACGCACAACGAAGAGGAAGUAUUUGCAUAUCAGGAUGUCAACAAUCUGAUUACUUUGGGAUGGAUACAUACUCAUCCAUCACAGACAGCGUUUCUUUCUAGUGUUGAUCUUCAUACGCAUUGUUCCUAUCAGCUAAUGUUGUCAGAGGCUGUUGCGAUCGUCGUUGCGCCAAAAUUCAAUGAGGUGGGUAUAUUUCGUUUGUCAGAACGUGGUAUGAAAGAAGUUGGCGGGUGCCGCAAAGUAGGUUUUCAUCCACAUGAAGAUUCUGCAGCUCUGUUUUUUUAUUGUCAUGACGUACGUUUCGAAAAUUCGCUAGCAGCAGUUGUUGUUGAUUUGCGAUGACUCACCGAUUAUUUUUGGGUUAUGUGGAUGAAAAAGAUGCGACCUGAAUCGUCAUUAGUUUUACGCUGAUGUUCUUCAAAUUGUAAAUUUAGAAGUUAUCUAUCUAUCUAUAUAUGAUUUUAAUGAUAAUAUUUAAAAUGUUCUUUGAGACGACUAACAAGAACACUACGAAAAUGUAUUUUUACAGCACAUUUUUAAUUUCUUGUGAAUAAUGAAUUAAUGGC